AUGUCGACCGCCGACACAGCUUUCACUUACGUGGUGAACCACAUUUUCCUUCCCCCUAAGCUCCCUGGAGGAGAUGAUUGGAAAGCCACUCUUAGUAUGGCACUACAGUCGACCAUGGCAGCGUGCAUAUAGAAGUUUGAGAACUACGUUGCACUUGGCCGUCGUGUGUUGGUGCAGUCUGCGGCCUCGAUGAUUUGACGCAUGGCCCAAGCCCAGGAUAAGAACGGUUAUGUACACUGUGAUAAGCUCGAGCAGGCCCUCGGCGAGAUCGGCAACAAGGACUCUGGAGAAGCCAUUUGUAUCCACGUCGUUUCCCAAAACGCCGGUGUUCUUAUCAGCAGACACAACAAAUCGGUCUACAUCAAGUCCUUUGAGCUGUCUCCGCUUAAUUCGGCUGUCAUGGCAUCCCCGGUAAACUUCGCCGCUACUUUCCUGGACCUGCCAUGGUGGUGAAUCUGAGGACUUUUU